UAAUAAUAAAAGAUCAAAAAUUUUGUUAAAAGCUAACAGGCCAAAUCAUCCACGAUCAACCGACACAAAUACGGAAGGUGACCCGACUCCAACCAUUGGAAUUACAACCACCGAAUCCUCAGCACCACCAUCAAAAGAAACUACUUCAACUCGCCCACAUGUUCAACCACCUCCACUGGCUUCCUUCAAACUCCCUUCACUGGCUUCCUUCAGACUCCCUUCACUGGCUUCCUUCAAACUACCUCAACGCUACAACAGCGCCUCCCGAGUGCGGAUAUGGGAAUCUGGAUCAAUCGACGCCCUGCCCAUCCAUGAACAAACAAUUAAGUAGAAUUUAG